AUGCAACCAGCACAGCAGAAAGAGCCAAUGAUGACACAUCCCAUACCUCAGCUUCCAUGGCAAGCAGUUGCCAGUGAUUGCCUGGAAGUGCAAGGCGAACACUACUUGGUCCUAGUAGAUCUGUACUCUGACUACAUAGAACUAGUUAAGCUUCCAGACAUGUCAUCUAAAACUCUUAUCCAGCAGAUGAAACCGAUAUUUGCAACCCACGGGACACCAGCAAUUCUUAUAUCAGACAAUGGAACCUACUACAGUUCACAGGAAUUCCGAGAGUUCAACAAGGCAUGGGAAAUAUAUCACGUAACUGUAAGUCCUCAUCACCACAAGUCUAACGGGAAGGUGGAGUCGGCAGUGAAGAUUAUGAAGAGAAUCAUCAUCAAGGCCAAGAAAGACCGCUCAGACCUGUGGAACCAGGCACUGUACAAGCCCGAAGUACAGGCAGCGGUGACAGAACAGAUCAUCCAAAAGCGCAAGCAGGCCAAACACUAUCAUGAUCGCACAGCGAAGUCACUGCCUAGUCUUGUUGUUGGUCAACCAGUAAGAGUGAUAGUACAUCCACAACAGGCUCAUAGCAAUUGGAAGGCAGGGACAGUGGUUUCCAUGGCAACAACCCCACGCAGUUACGUUGUACAAGUCAAUGGCAGGACGUAUCGCAGAAAACGGGUACAUUUGCGAGACGCUCAACCUGACCUAUCAGCUGCACAAGACCAUUCUGCUCCAGAGCCAAGCCAUGAUGCACCAAAGUCUUCAGGAAUGUCUACCUGCAGUCCAGAACCAGAACCAAGUGGUCCAGGUCUAUUAGUCGCCACGACAACAGUACUUACAGAACCAGUAGUCACACGAUCAGGACGAGUUGUGAAGCCUCCACAAAGGCUGAUCAAUGUUCAGUCAUAG